AUGUCUGUUCCAGACCUUUACUUAACGGCUGGUACUACUUUACUCUCGUACCAUGAAUAUUGGAUAUUGGAAUAUAAGGUUACCGGGGGGAAUUUUGAAUGCUCAAGAUUUAUUAUUAUGAAGCGUUUAGAGAGUUGGAAAAAGCCACAUGAAACCCCUACAGAAUGGCGUGUAAGACGGAUGUUUUUAGAGAAGAAUUUCGAUAGAAGGCAACCUGAACGUUUGGAAUGUCUCUCAAAUUGUUUUACCAAUGUAAAGUUGUAUGGAGUUUCCUAUCCAUUAAAAGUUAUGGAGGAGAUCGAAGUCCUGGGUGAAGGGAUCGUAGAAGAAGCCACUACAUUUCAUCAAAAUAAGAAGCGAAGAAUGUAAUAAGCUGUAAAUAAGUGCUACUAUAUUUUUUUUUUACCAGAAUGCAAGUGACUGUGUUCUUUCUUCCUGACCAGUCAUAUAUAGUGAAUUUAGAAGAAAAUACAAUAUAUUAAAUUUGCGUUUGGAAGCAUUUUUGAAGUGAAUUAUUUUCUCACGCUCAUAUUAGUGUACUUCGUAGAAUACUAGCGGUGUGCAAGAUAAUAGAUGGUGUAUUAGCGGUGUAAUCUUCCUUGCAGAGAAGAGUGUCAAGUGAUUUUGCCUACUCUCAGCUUAAGAAUAAAUGCUUCCGUUUUUAUCUAUCAGACUAGUGUGAAGCAUCAGUUCGCAUUAUCUUGGUUUUCAACCGAGACCCUCUUCACCUUCCCUGUAGUAUCACAAACCAUCAUAUUAAGUCUAGUGGCAUGUGUUUAUUCUGUUGAUGGUAUCAAAGUUGUAUCUAGCUAUGCAAAUUUACACUGUAAUGAUAAACUGUCGCAAUUAAUAGUUUGUACAUCGUUUUAUGUGGGAUUUCAUUCAUGAAAGCUUCGCAGUUUAAGUGCAGGGUAUAGCACCACAUAUCAUACUAUAUGUAUGAAAAUCACUGAAUGAUAGCAAUCAUUACUAUCUGACAACAUGGCUGUGGUCAUUCGUAAUUAGUAUUUCCCAUAUGGUACGCAAGCCUGAAUUCAAGCAGAGCAUAUUUCAAAUAGCUUUCGCUUUCUUGGGUCAUAUAGGACUUGGUCUUACCAUAAUAUUUUUGUGUUCUAAGUCCAUUUUGCAGUUCUGUAUUUAUAAGCAAACGUAAGUAUUUUGUUUACACUUGUCUGCUGUUCAGUUAUCGAACCAAGCUAGAUACCAGUUCUUUGAAAGUUCAGGCAAACGUUACUGCUACAUGACCCUAUGAUGGUGGCAAGUAUGAUCAUUUGUUGUUUAGAAUACUAAAUGCAUAUGUCAGCUUGAUGCCCAUCGAUCAAUUGCAGCAGACGGCAAGAAAAGGCAAGUUAAUUUCUUUGAUUUUAUCUUUGUCAUCGCCGGCAUUCCGGAGGAAGAAGUAGAGAUGCGAAUCAGUUAUGUGAAAAGACACUGAUUUUGUUGAUAUUAGAUUUAAAGUUUUAGGCUGGUAAAGGUUGGUCAGUCAAUAGGAUGGUGAACAGUAACUGACUAAAAAGACCGCCAUUACUGGUGAACACGGUUAGUAAAAGAUUGGGAAAGUUAACACUGUGGUCAGGCCAAAGUCUGGCAUUAAUGUAUGAAGUUAUAAAUUGUUAAUGAAUGUCACAGGUGUGGACUAGCUGGAAUGCAUAUUAAAAGUUGGUUGUUGAAGACUCAAAAUUAUUCACAGUGGCGCAAGUUGUACACCGAUAAUCUUCGAAAUUUAGAAUAUUUUCACCAUUCUUCAUUCAGUUAUUUUCCUUUAUCACAUUUACGUGCCUGUACCUAUAUUUAGAUGUAGGCCAUUGGGAUAAGUUUAUAAGUUAUCGUUCUUCGGAUUCAGUUGUUUGGCGCAGAUUUUUCAUCUACUAUUAGCAACGCUUAUAGUGCGAAAACUGGUGAUGCUACUCAUUUGGCCAGGGUGGAGUAGUUGCCUAAUAAUCCGAGUGAUAUAGUCAAUGAACCAUAUCACCGUUAUUGAUAGGUUCUUGCAUCGAUGUCCCUUAUUAUUUAGUUUGAUUUAAUAUUGUGUUUGUUGCUGAUCCACUUCAGAAACUUGGGUACUGACUUUUUACUAAAGAAGGGUAUCGUUGAAUAUGCAGUCCUUCCAGGCGAAGAUUCUGAAUAAAUGUGGAGUCUUCUGAACGCCUUGAGCAACAAUGUUUGAUAUGCGAUUUGUCCGCGUCAAAGCAAAAUCAUACUGCAGGACUUGUCUGCACCAAUUCCUGGUUUAAGGAUAGCGAGCGUAAUGGUUGGGUUUACUAACUACUUAUUUGGCAUGUUGAUAGACUGAUUGCUGACAAAAUCUCAUCUCGGACACAAAAAGCUGAUGAGUCAUUUGCCAAACUGCGUCAUCUCUGGCAUGCACGUGAUACCAAAUUAUCGGUGAAAGGAUGCGUGUACAGCACUGCAGUUCGCUCCAUGCCCCUUCACGGCUAUGAAACUUAUCACUUGAAAGUGAAAGACAAAGAGGUUAUCCGUCUUUGACC